ACAAACUGAAAUGCCAUCCACAACUACAGCUACCCCUUCUAUUCUUUCCAUACAAAACACCAAUAAAGCUAGUAGAACAGAUCCCGCCAUCUCAAUUAUAUAUAUAUUUCUUUCUUUUCCUCCGACUUUCAUUCCAUGGAUUGUGCUUUAUCUCCUCAGAUCUUCAUAAACACAAGAUUUCCUAGGUGUUUGGCCAUCAGACAAGGAGUUGAAAUCAGGCUAUACAGAAAAAGAUGGUUGAAUUCUAGUUGCUGUGCUGUGGGGGUGUCUGAGAUUGGUGCUGGCAACCUGUUUGAUGAUGGGUCCUUGAAAGGGUCUGAAAAUGGGUCAUUGUUGGGUGCACUUGGUGACUCAGUUUCACCACCAUUUGGAACAGUGGAUGCUGAAAUUACCCCAGAAACCGUUGAUUUCUUUGUUAGUGAUGCAGAAGGUGAUCCUGACUGCCCUUCUAAAGGAUUCUCUUCCAUUGACCAAGCAUUGAAUACAAUACGCCAAGGAAAGUUUGUGAUUGUUGUAGAUGAUGAAAAUGAGGAUUUUGAAGGAACCCUUAUCAUGGCAGCUUCUCAUGCAACUCCUGAGAUGAUGGCUUUCAUGGUAAAGCAUGGCUCAGGCAUUGUUUCCGUAGGUAUGAAAGAGGAGGACCUUGAAAGGCUUAAGCUUCCAUUAAUGUCACCAGAAAGUGAAGACAAAGAUUCUUCUGCCCCAACUUUCACAAUCACAGUGGAUGCAAAAACCGGUACAUCAACCGGAGUUUCGGCAUUGGAUAGGGCAAAGACUGUUCUUGCACUGUCUUCCCCGGAGUCGAAGCCUGAUGACUUUAGAAGACCAGGUCAUAUAUUUCCUCUCAAGUAUAGGAAUGGUGGGGUUUUAAGAAGAGCUGGUCAUACUGAGGCUUCGGUCGAUUUGGUCAUCCUCACCGGUUUAAGGCCUGUUUCAGUUCUUUCAACUGUUGUGGAUCCAGAGGACUGUUCUAUAGCAUCUUUGCCAUUUAUAAGAAAGUUGGCUUUGGAGCAUAGCAUACCAGUUAUUUCCAUAACUGAUCUCAUUAGGUACCGGAGAAAGCGGGAAAAUCUCGUUGAAAGAACAGCUAUUUCACGUCUGCCAACGAAAUGGGGUCUAUUUCAAGCAUACUGCUACCGUUCGAAGCUAGAUGGAACAGAACAUAUAGCAAUUGUUAAGGGUGACAUAGGGAAUGGACAAGAUGUUCUUGUAAGAGUUCACUCAGAAUGUUUAACCGGAGAUAUAUUUGGAUCGGCAAGAUGCGACUGUGGCAACCAAUUGGAUUUGGCAAUGCAGUUAAUCGAGCAAGCCGGUCGAGGAGUUGUGGUUUACCUUCGAGGUCAUGAAGGGCGAGGGAUCGGACUCGGUCACAAGCUGAGAGCCUAUAAUUUGCAAGAUCAGGGCCAUGACACAGUUCAAGCCAACAUUGAACUUGGUUUAGCUGUUGAUGCUCGUGAAUAUGGUAUUGGUGCCCAGGUUAGUCUCCAUACAUCAAUUUUAAACAUGUUUUCUGCAUCAUUUCGUUAUCGUUUCAAUGAACUGCAGAUUUUGAGAGACGUAGGGGUUCAAACCAUGAGGUUGAUGACUAAUAACCCAGCCAAGUUCACAGGCCUGAAGGGUUAUGGGUUGGCUGUGAUUGGAAGAGUGCCUGUUUUGACACCCGUUACAGAGGAAAAUAAGAGGUACUUGGAAACAAAACGUACCAAGAUGGGUCAUAUUUAUGGCUCUGAUCUCCAAGGACCAUUGGCUCCUUUUAUUAAACCAUCUGUAAACAAGAAAGAAUCAUCUGAUGGGGAGCCAAACCCUGAAUAAUAUAUACAUAUUCAUCUUGGCUUCUGCUUUAGAAGCAAACGUGAUUCACUUCAUAUAGACACAAAAUUUUCAAAGCCAAUGGAUACAACAUUCUUUUAUAUAUA